GUCAACCCUUGUCAUCCUAGUCAUCCUAGUCAUCCUAGACAUUCAAAUGAUCCCUAGUGAUAACAGUCAUCUCUAGUAAUCCCUAGUCAUUCCAGUCAUCCCGAAUCAUGCCUAGUCAUUUCAGUCAUCCUAGUCAUCCCUAGUCAACCCUAGUCAUCCUGGUCAUCACUAGUCAAAGCAGUCAUCCCUAGUCAUCCCCGUCAUACUAGUCAUUCUAGUCAGCUUUAUUCAUCACUAGUCAUCCUAGUUAUCCUAGUCAUCCUAGUCAUCCCAGUCAUCCAGGGUCAUCCCAGUCAUCGAUAGUCAAACCCGGUGAUCCCUAGUUACCCCAGACAUCCCUAGUCAUCAAUAGUCAUCACAAAAAAACCUAGUAAUCCCUAGGCAUCCCUAGUCCUCCCAGUCAUUCUUAGUCAACCCUAGUCAUCCCCAGAAAUCUCUAGUCAUCCCUACUAAUCCUUAGUCAUCGCUAGUCAUCCCAGUUAUCCCUAGUCAUCAAUAGUCAUCCCACUCAUCCCUAGUCAUCACUAGUCAUCCCUAGUCAUCCCUAGUCAUCCCAGACAUCCCUAGUCAUCCCUAGUCAUCCCUAGUCAUCCCUAGUCAUCCCAAGUCAUCCCUAGUCAUCCCGAAUCAUCCCAGUCAUCCCUAGUCAUCCCGAGUCAUCCCACUCAUCCCUAGUCAUCCCUAGUCAUAACUAGUCAUCCCAGUCAUCCCUAGUCAUAACUAGUCAUCCCAGUCAUCCCUAGUCAUCCCUAGUCGUCUCUAGUCAUCCCAGUCAUCCCUAGCCAUCCCCAGUCAGCAGUAGUCAUCCCGGUCAUCCCUGGUCAUCCCUAGUCAUAACAGUCAUCCCUAGUCAACCCUAGUCAUCCCGAGUCAUCCCAGUCAUCCCUAGUCAUCCCUAGUCAUAACUAGUCAUCCCAGUCAUCAGUAGUCAUCCCUAGUCAUAACUAGUCAUCCCAGUCAUCCCUAGUCAUCCCUAGUCAUAACUAGUCAUCCCAGUCAUCCCCAGUCAGCAGUAGUCAUCCCGGUCAUCCCUAGUCAUCCCUAGUCAUCCAAGACAUCCCUACUCAUCCCUAGUCAUCCCGAGUCAUCCCAGUCAUCAGUAGUCAUCCCUAGUCAUAACUAGUCAUCCCGGUCAUCCCUAGUCAUCCCUAGUCAUAACUAGUCAUCCCAGUCAUCGCUAGUCAUCCCUAAUCGUCCCUAGUCAUCCCAGUCAUCCCUAGUCAUCCCCAGUCAGCAGUAGUCAUCCCAGUCAUCCCAAGUCAUCCCAGUCAUCCCUAGUCAUCCCUAGUCAUCCCUAGUCAUCCCAGUCAUCCCUAGUCAUCAAUAGUCAUUCCACUGAUCCUUAGUCAUACCUAGUCAUACCUAGUCAUCCCUAGUCAUCCCUAGUCAUCCCAAGUCAUCCCUAGUCAUCCCAAGUCAUCCCUAGUCAUCCCGAAUUAUACCAGUCAUCCCUAGUCAUCCCGAGUCAUCCCAGUCAUCCCUAGUCAUCCCUAGUCAUAACUAGUCAUCCCAGUCAUCCCUAGUCAUAACUACUCAUCCCAGUCAUCCCUAGUCAUCCCUAGUCGUCUCUAGUCAUCCCAGUCAUCCCUAGCCAUCCCCAGUCAGCAGUAGUCAUCCCGGUCAUCCCUCGUCAUCCCUAGUCAAAACAGUCAUCCCUAGUCAACCCUAGUCAUCCCGAGUCAUCCCAGUCAUCCCUAGUCAUCCCUAGUCAUAACUAGUCAUCCCAGUCAUCCCUAGUCAUCCCUAGUCAUAACUAGUCAUCCCAGUCAUCCCCAGUCAGCAGUAGUCAUCCCGGUCAUCCCUAGUCAUCCCUAGUCAUCCAAGACAUCCCUAGCCAUCCCUAGUCAUCCCGAGUCAUCCCAGUCAUCAGUAGUCAUCCCUAGUCAUUACUAGUCAUCCCAGUCAUCGCUAGUCAUCCCUAAUCGUCCCUAGUCAUCCCAGUCAUCCCUAGUCAUCCCCAGUCAGCAGUAGUCAUCCCGGUCAUCCCAAGUCAUCCCAGUCAUCCCUAGUCAUCCCUAGUCAUCCCAGUCAUCCCUAGUCAUCAAUAGUCAUUGCAGUGAUCCUUAGUCAUACCUAGUCAUACCUAGUCAUCCCUAGGUAUCCCUAGUCAUCCCAGUCAUCCCUAGUCAUCCCUAGUCAUCCUAGUAAUCCCUAGUCAUCAAUAGUCAUCCCUAGUCAUCCCGAUUCAUCCCUAGUCAUCCCUAGUCAUCCCAGUCAUCCCAAGUCAUCAGUAGUCAUCCCUAGUCAUCCCAGUCAUCCAUAGUCAUCCCCAGUCAUGCCUAGUCAUCCCACUCAUCCCUAGUCAUCCCAAGUCAUCCCUAGUCAUCCCACGCAUCCCUAGUCAUCCCUAGUCAUCCCUAGUCAUCCCAGUGAUCCUUAGUCAUACCUAGUCAUACCUAGUCAUCCCUAGUCAUCCCUAGUCGUCCCAGUCACCCCUAGGCAUCCCUUGUAAUCAAUAGUCAUCCCUAAGCAUCCCGAGUCAUCCCAGUCAUCCCAAGUCAUCCCUAGUCAUCCCAGUCAUCCAUAGUCAUCCCUAGUCAUGCCUAGUCAUCCCAGUCAUCCCUAUUCAUCCUAAGUGAUCCCUAGUCAUCCCAGUCAUCCCUAAUCAUUCCCAGUCAUCCCUAGUCAUCCCAGUCAUCCCUAGUCAUCCUUAGUCACCCCUAGUCAUCCUUAGUCGUCCCAGUCAUCCCUAGUCAUCCCUAGUCAUCCCUAGUCAUCAAUAGUCAUCCCUAAGCAUCCCGAGUUAUCCCUAGUCAUGCCUAGUCAUCCCAGUCAUCCCUAUUCAUCCUAAGUGAUCCCUAGUCAUCCCAGUCAUCCCUAAUCAUCCCUAGUCAUCCCAGUCAUCCCUAGUCAUCCUUAGUCACCCCUAGUCAUCCCUACUCAUCCCAGUGAUCCUUUGUCAUACCUAGUCAUCCCAGGCAUCCCUAGUCAUCCCUAGUCAUCUUAGUCAUCCCUGGUCAUCCCUAGUCGUCCAUAGUCGUCCCUAGUCAUCCCAGUCAUCCCUAGUCAUCCCUAGUCAUCCUUAGUCAUACCAGUCAUCCCUAGUCAUCAUUAGUCAUCUGAGUCAUCCCAGUCAUCCCACUUAUCCCUAG